UUUGGAGAUUUUUCAAAAAUUUUUUAAAAUUUUUCUAGCCCUAAGUCUAGCCCUAAUUCUAGCCCUUUUGGAAUACUGUAUAUUUUUAUUAGCCAAAAUUUUUUUAAAAAAUAAGGAACGAAAGGCCAAAUUACAAAAGGGUCAGAUUAUAAAACGAGAAAAUUAUAUAAUGGUCAAAGUACAAAAUGUAUGCCGACAACAACACCAAUUCAACUACUACCCCCUCCUCAAACAACCAUUCUUCUUCAAACGCAGCAGCCUUAAAUUACAAUUUGCCCUCAGGGUUAGGAGAAUCACCUCAUCAUCUUUAUGGCAUCAUUCCACCUCAUACACCAACUGGGCAUCAUCCUCCAGACCCUCAACAACUUUCUUCUUUGGGAUUUUUUGCUGCUGCAGCUGGUGGGGGUGGAGGAAGUGGUGGUAGUGGUUAUCAUGCAGAAAUGGGGUCGUUAUUGGGUGGAAAUGGAGGUGGAGAACAGAUUGACUCAAACCAGCUUAAACAAAAGAAAGACUUAAUUUAUAGCCAUCCACUCUUUCCUCUUUUAACCGUUUUAUUCGAAAAAUGUGAAUUAGCAACAUGUACACCUCGAGAACCUGUACGGACAAAUGAAUUUGGCGCAGUUGGGGGAGAUCAAGUUGACAUUUUAAAUGUUUGUUCUGCCGGUUCUUUUAGUGAAGAUAUUGCUGAAUUUGCUGCUACUGUACAAAUGAAUAAACCUUUUUAUGUGCCCAAUCCUGAACUUGAUUCUUUGAUGCUUAAUGCUAUUCAAGUUCUUCGUUUUCAUUUGUUAGAAUUGGAAAAGGUCCACGAAUUGUGUGACAACUUUUGUGCCAAAUAUGUCAACAAAAUCAAAGAUAGAACACAAAUGGAUAUUAUAGCUGGUGAGCAGCCACAACAACCCCCGUCUGCUGGACCGCCUGGAAUGUUGGAGCACCAAAGACGAAGCAAUAGCCAUCAACAUCAUCGAGCUAAUAGGGCUGGAGGGGGUUCAAAUCAAUCCCCGGGCACUUCGUCUUCCCUAGAACAACCCCCCUCAAAUUUUUCUUCUAAUAAUAUGGGGGAUAUACAACACCAACAACAAUAUUUACAUAAUAUUGACCAUAAACAAUUUGGGUUUUAUUACUAAUUAGACAAUUUACCGAAAAAUUUUGUAUUCUUGUGGGGUAAUUCACCGAAAGGACAAUUCACCGAAAAUAUACAUAUUUUGAGGUAAAAAUAGGUAAUACAUUGAGGAACCUAACACGAGUGAGUGUCUAAAUAGAUUUUCAAAAGCGAAAGACGAAAUCAAUUUAAAAAGCGAAACUCCGAAAAGGCGAAACUUAGACGAGUGACGAUAGUCGAAACGGCACACUCUCG